UAAACAGUAGUACGCAUGUGUACUGCAGUGACGUGUCGAGAAAGUGUCAAGCCGAAGGAUGUAAAAGAUGAUGGAAAAAGCUCCACAUGUAAACUAAGUUUGGUGGAGCAACUAAAUGUAGGAAUGCGUCCUUAUGUUUGGAUUUUCUGUGUUAGCAACUCCUCAUUCGUUAAGUUGAGGACGUCGAUUUUAAAGUCGCUUUGCAAGCCGUCGAGUUAACAACUAGCUAUGUUAGCUCUUGUUAGCUUCCGUUAGCUCCUGUUACUUUUGCCGGCCAUAUUUCAUCCACUCGCGACCGGUUCGGGUGUCUGACAGCAGCCGGAAUCCACAGCUCUGUGAGAGGAAGAUGUCUCGGAGGCGGCUGGAUAGUCGCAGCGGUCUCUCGGCUGGGCUGCUCGCCGAAAUCCAGACUCCGAUCAGCACAGAACCGCUGGACAGUGUGUUCGAAGUCACCGGAGAGUUGGGAAGGGGCAAGUUUGCGGUGGUCAAACACUGCAUGGAGAAAGCCACGGGGAAGGUGUUUGCUGCCAAGUUCCUACGAAAAAGGAGGAGAGGUCGUGACUGUCGGGCUGAAGUAAUCCAUGAGAUGGCGGUGCUGGAGAUGGCCCGAAACAACCCCAGAGUGGUCAACCUGCAUGCUGCUUACGAAACAGAUCAUGACAUUGUAUUAGUGCUGGAAUAUGCGGCAGGUGGAGAGAUAUUUGACCACUGUGUGUCUGAUGAGCUGCUGCCGGAGGCUCAGCUCACCCGACUGAUCAGGCAAACACUGGAGGGAGUUCACCACCUCCACCAGAGCAACCUCGUGCACUUAGACCUCAAGCCCCAGAAUAUUCUCCUUACAAGCCUGUCUCCUCCAGGGGACAUAAAGAUUGUAGACUUUGGUCUGGCACGCAAAUUGGGUGCGGUUGGAGAACUCAGAGAGAUUCUUGGCACACCUGAAUAUGUGGCUCCAGAAAUCCUCAAUUACGAGCCUAUCACAACAGCAACAGACCUUUGGAGUGUGGGUGUUAUAGCCUACAUGCUGGUCACGGGCGAGUCUCCGUUCGCUGGUGACGACAAGCAGGAGACUUACCUGAACGUGUCCCAGGUUAAUGUGGACUACAGCAGGGAGGCUUUCUCCAGGGUUUCUGAGCUGGCUGUAGACUUCAUCCGCAAACUGCUGGUCAAAGCGCCUGAAGACCGACCCAGUGCUGCAGAGUGUAUAAGCCAUCCCUGGCUAUGGCAGCAGCAGCUGUGCGUGAGCCCAGAGACCACUUCUACCCGCACCAUCCGCGAGAGGAGCUGCGGCGCCAAGUGGGCCGCUCCACCUGAGGACCCCGAGGACAAGGAGAACUUCCUGGAGUCGCCACAUUCUCAUGCAAAAAGGUUUCGCUUGGAGGAGGAAGCACUUCUUGGAGAUGGUGACUUAUGAAAACCUUUUAAAUGGAUUUUAAGCUUCCAAACGACCAGCAGUUGACUGCAAGAGUCCUUAUUUAUACUUAAUUACAAGAUUAACAUAAGCCAAAGAUAAUCAUCUUAUUGGUCGCUCAACACUGAUCUUGUCUCUUUGUUUAACUGCUUAUUAUCUUUGUAUGGAUGAGGACUUGUGGGAACAAUUUCUGUUUUUGCCAUCCUUGUUCUUAUGAAGUUGCCUCUGUGCUUCAUCUUAAUAGUUGCAUAUUUGGAUGUGCAACAAGGGCGUGUAACACUGCCCUAGCUUGCAUGUUCAGUCUUUACGUCUCUAUUUGUCAACAUGUCCGUCUUACAUACAUACUUGGCUAUAUUAUCUCACAUUCAAGAGUGCCACAUGUAUAUGCAAUGUUUGGAGCAUUUAGCUCAGGGUUUUAGAGGAAAACAUUUUAAUGAUUCCAGUUUAAGAUUAGUUACCAUUUGAAAAAAGUGUAAAGCCUUUAUUUUCACUGUUAAUCCAAUUCUCAGGUUAUCAAAUUGUAACAUGGGGACGUGCGUUGUGUUUAUUGUCUGACAGCUACUAAUAAUGCCAGCGUGCACGUUGUCUUUCUAGCAAAUUGGAGGCAAGAGUUCCUCUCUUGUCAGCCUGCAGAAAGGGAAGAUGAUUCAGCACUUAUGACUUUUUUCUUAUUGCUAUGAUUAAGUUGCUACAUUGACACACAACUUUUCAUUUCUAUUGUUGAUUAUUUUUAUUUAUCUGCUGGACUUGUUUGAUAUGAUUUGUAUGUCAUUUGUGUGCGUCAGCACAUGAGGUUAAUGUAAGGAGAAAGGUGGUGUUAGCGUUGGACUGUUGGGAGCAAAGAUGCUUUUAUGUGGUGCUGGGAAGUUAAAGUGGACGUUGAAUGAUGAGUGUGUCGCUUGGAAGUGGUUCUAGAAGGAAGCAGAUGCUGGUGACGUUAUGUGGGUGAAAUGGUAAACAGGUACAAGGCCUUGGUAUGGUGUGAAAUAAAUGACACCAUUCCUUUCUAAUGUGUUCCAUUGUUUGUUCUACAUUCCACAUUUAUUUUUAAUCAUCUAAUGCUGUCAACACUUGGUCCAAAGGCCUUAGUGUGUAGUAGCCUCAUAUUUAACACAUAAUAUCGCCGACACAGCAGCCCGAGCUUGUUGUCCAGAUAUUUGCCUGUCCAAUGUGCUUUGUGAAUGUGUCAAGAAAUAAGCUUUUGACUUCUCUGCUGUUUGCUAAUACCUCAUCAUCACGUUUGACAAGUGUCUUGUCAGAGGAUGUUACCCGAAGUUGUUCAUCCUGUUGCAGCACAAUCAGAAAAACUGAGAAGGACUUGUUUCACAACAGUGAUGAAUGAUGAAACUCGUUUGCUGGCAUUAUUCUCCAACACAACGACCACUCAAUUUAUGUGGUGUAUUCUAUCUCGUAUCCAAGUGGCGUCACCCACGAUUGACAGAUGUUUGUCUCCUGGAGGAUAUGAAGUGUCUUAAGAGAUGAAACAACCAUAAGCACAAGCAAAUGUUUCAGAGAUAAGUUUGUUUAUUUUGGAUUUUCUAUUUAAUGUAUGAGCAAUCUGAUUGUAUUUGCAAUGACUUAAGAAACAACUUAAUCCAUAAUGUAUUGUCAACAAGCACAUGCUAAUAUUUAGGCAUCAAACUGCAAAAAGCUCAUUAAAGAUCUGUAGAAAAUGAGACUCCCUUU